UGCCUUUCCUCUUUGGAACUCAACGCGAUAUGUGCGUGGUUCAACCAUUUUAUCCUCACACCGACCCUGGGAAGUAGAUCAGGCUGCACAGUGAGAAAUAGUGGCUGCCCCAAGAGACUCGUGGCUGAGUAGAGAUUUGUACCUUGAUUUCCCCGGUGAAGGGCUGCCGUUCUAACCACUGCACCACUCGACUCUUUUAACAUUUGAAAUCAGUGUCCCCAUUUUGGCAUAUAUGGAGGGCAGUGAAAUAACGUAAGGGCAUGGAAUGGAAUGAAAUGGAAAUGGACCGCCUUCAAGUCGAUCCUGACUUAUGGCUACCCCAUGAAUAGGGAUUUCAUGACGUGCUGGAUUCCAGACUGAUGGCGUCGGGCACGGCGAGCCGUUCUGAAGACGAAGAGUCUCUGGCAGGACAAAAAAGGAGCUCAUCGCAGGUGUUGGGUGCCAUUCCGAAACGACGCAGUUCUUCCAGGUUCAUCAAGCGGAAGAAGUUUGAUGAUGAACUGGUAGAGAGCAGUCUGGCCAAAUCUUCCAGCCGGGCCAAGGGCCCUAGUGGGGUGGAGCCUGGGCGCUGCUCUGGCAGUGAGCCCUCUUCCAGUGAGAAGAAGAAGGUGUCCAAAUCCAUCUCGGCACCUAUCACUCCGAGCCCAGCUCCAAACCCCAGCCUUGCCAAGCGGAUGAAGAAAAGCAAGCAGCCUUUGCAGGUCACCAAGGAUUUGGGCCGCUGGAAACCCACUGAUGAUCUGUUGUUGAUCAAUGCUGUGCUUCAGACUAAUGACUUGACCUCCGUGCACCUAGGAGUGAAGUUCAGCUGUCGUUUUAAUCUGCGGGAAAUCCAGGAGAGGUGGUAUGCUCUGCUCUAUGACCCUGUGAUCUCCAAGCUGUCCUGCCAGGCCAUGCGGCAGCUGCACCCAGAAGCCAUAGCCUCUAUGCAGAGUAAAGUGCUCUUCAGCAAAGCAGAGGAGCAGCUACUAAGCAAAGUGGGAUCGACCAGCCAACCCACUCUGGAUACCUUUCAGGACCUGCUGCACAAACAUCCAGAGGUUUUCUACCCCUCCCGCACUGCCAAGGUCCUGCAGACACAUUGGCAACUCAUGAAGCAAUACUACCUCCUGGAUGAUCAGACAGUGCAGCCACUACCCAAAGGAGACCAGGUGCUGAACUUCUCCGAUGCUGAAGACAUGAUAGAUGACAGCAAACUGAAGGAUGUACGAGACGAGGUCUUGGAGCACGAGCUGACGGUGGCAGAUCGAAGGCAGAAGCGUGAAAUCCGGCAGCUGGAGCAAGAGCUGCACAAGUGGCAGGUGCUGGUGGACAGCAUAACAGGAAUGAGCUCUCCUGAUUUUGAUAACCAGACAUUGGCUGUGCUGCGUGGAAGGAUGGUGCGUUAUCUGAUGCGCUCCAGGGAGAUCACACUCGGCAGAGCCACCAAAGACAAUCAGAUUGAUGUGGACCUAGCACUGGAGGGGCCAGCCUGGAAAAUCUCCCGCAAGCAAGGUGUCAUCAAGCUGAAGAACAAUGGUGAUUUUUUCCUGGCAAAUGAAGGCAGACGACCCAUUUAUGUCGAUGGGCGCCCUGUGCUUUGCGGCAGCAAAUGGAAGCUCAGCAACAACUCAGUGGUUGAGAUUGCUAGCUUGCGCUUUGUCUUCCUCAUCAAUCAAGACCUGAUUGCCCUUAUCAAGGCAGAGGCUGCCAAAAUUGCCCAGCCCUGAGGCUUGGAUCAGACCAAAGGCAGCACUGGACCCAUGUGUAGGUUUCCCAUCCCACUCCCUCUGCCAGCAGGGACCACCAUCCGAUGAUGAUGAUGCAGCUUCACAGAGCCUGCCUGCCCGUAAGCUGGAACAGAGCUUCUUGGUGGCUUUUUGUGGAGGAGCUCUGCUUCAUCGAUCAGCAGAUCUCUGUAUGAGAAAAAGAACCAAGCCUAAAUGGGGGCCUUUGGCCAACUAAAGCACCUUGCUUAGGUGUUCUUGGUUGUCUGGGGCCUUUGCUGGCUAAGGUUGUGCAGCUGCUAUACUUGAUUCUCUGUGGGACGCAGUGAUGAAAUCUUCCAUGGAGAAUUCAAGGAGGGGAAAUGGGGAGAGUGUCAAAUGAGCUAAUAAAAUAGUUGUCAAUUUCA